GGCGGCGGAAGGCAGGGCCCGCGAGGAGGAGCCCCGGGAGCCGCUGCCGCCGCCACCGACCCUCCUCCCGCCUCCUCAGUGUCCGCCUCAGCCGGCCCGGGAGGGGAGAGAGGCCCGCGCGCAGCCCCCACCAUGAACAAGUUGAAGUCAUCACAGAAAGAUAAAGUUCGGCAGUUUAUGAUCUUCACACAGUCCAGCGAAAAGACCGCAGUGAAUUGCCUGUCUCAGAAUGACUGGAAGCUAGAUGUUGCAACAGAUAACUUUUUCCAAAAUCCUGAACUGUAUAUACGAGAAAAUGUUAAAGGAUCAUUGGACAGAAAGAAGUUAGAACAGCUAUAUAAUAGAUAUAAAGAUCCUCAAGAUGAGAAUAAAAUUGGCAUAGAUGGCAUACAGCAGUUUUGUGAUGACCUCGCGCUUGACCCUGCCAGUAUUAGUGUAUUGAUCAUUGCCUGGAAGUUCAGAGCUGCGACGCAAUGUGAAUUCUUAAAAACGGAAUUCAUGGAUGGGAUGACAGAACUAGGAUGUGACAGCAUAGAAAAACUAAAGGCCCAGCUUCCAAAAAUGGAACAAGAAUUGAAAGAGCCAGGAAGAUUUAAGGAUUUUUAUCAGUUUACCUUCAACUUCGCAAAGAAUCCGGGACAAAAAGGUUUAGACUUAGAAAUGGCCAUCGCCUACUGGAAUUUAGUACUUCACGGACGAUUUAAAUUCCUAGACUUGUGGAACAAAUUUUUAUUGGAACAUCAUAAAAGAUCUAUACCAAAGGACACUUGGAACCUUCUUCUAGACUUCAGCGCAAUGAUUGCAGAUGAUAUGUCGAAUUAUGAUGAGGAAGGGGCAUGGCCUGUUCUUAUUGACGACUUCGUGGAAUUUGCACGCCCUCAAAUUGCUGGAAUAAAAAGUACGACAGUGUAGUGCUAAAUGAACCUUCUAGAAUGUACAUAGUCUGUACAAAAUAAACAACAUGGGGGAAAAUUGCACAGUCAAUUUCUGCUGACUGACUGAACAGGACUGAAGACCAAUCCUCAAGAAAUAAAGGCUGGGGGUUGAGUCAAACCUUUAAGGAUCUACUUUGGACCAUAUCAGACGAUGGGUGGUUUGGGCUUCUCAUCUAGCCUGGGCCAGCCUUACCCAUUUGAAAACUCCAGCAUUGUGGAUAUCAUUCUUUUUCUUUUUUAAAAAAUGAAGCACCCUAAUCCUUUCCAUAAAUCUUAAAAUGCUUUUUGGAUUUUUUUUUAAAUUUCUUGUUCCUCUUAAAGGCACAUGCUGUCUUCACCAAGCAAAAUCUUUGACGUAAUAAUUUCACAGAUCAGCAUCACAAUCUGUUUCAGAAAAGCUUCAAGUAGCACACCUUUGGGCUAGCUGCAAAGACUUUGCUGAGAAUAUCCUAAAAGAGUGAUUCGUUGGAUCUGGUUCCGUACAGUCUGUUCACAGCUAUUGUCCAUGUGAGUGGCAAGGGGUUUCUUUGCUUUGUUCUAAAGCAAAUGUCAAAAAUACCCCGGCAAAAGGUCUGGGCUUUUCUGCCCACCAAUAUCGGGCUACCCAGCUAUGUAGGUGCUUGACUGAAGUUCUGUUGUAUCUAACAGUGAACACUGCUGAAACGCAGGAGAGAUACGGCGCUCAACAGUAUCCAUAUUUUGAUAAUCUAGUCGGAAACACUGGGUGCCUAAUGUUGAAAGGUGAACCAUCCUUUAGGGCCCCGAUCCUCAGUAGCUGGGCCAUGUGAAUCUUGCUAAGUCUCUGCCUGUCCCUCAUGCUUCUUGCUGUGCCCCCUGCCCCCUGCCAACACUCGGUGGCUUCCCUUGUCUGCCAGCACUCCAGCCUUGACCACCGCGUUUCUUUGCAAUGCCAUGCAUGCAGAGAGAAAGAGGCAGGGCCUGGAAUUCCUGUGCCCACCUAAAUUAGUGAUACCCUCUCCACCACCACGUCCUCAAUAGACUGUCUUGCAGCUGACUUGGAUGAUACCAUUCCAGGGCGGCAGGGGUGCCCUCCUUCUUCAGGGAAUUGGGGCACUUCUUAUUAUCCCUCAAUCCUUGGGGCGAAGUAUCAUGGGUCAUGUUAUUUCUAACUUCCAAGAGUGGGGUCGGGUUUUCUGAUAGGCCAGCAGGAUUCAUCCUAGAAUGUGGGUGAUAAGUUGCUCACAACUGCUCUUAGUUACCCAAUAAAUUUUUUUGUAGCAUCUCUUUGUCCAUGAAAUCUUUCCUGCCCCCAUUAACUUCUACUGAAAUGUUAAAACUUGAAUACAGUACUGAAUUUAUAAUGUUUGCUACACAAUACAUAGAAUCCUUGAUUAGGGCCAACAGAGGUUUUUGAUUGUGGGUAUAACAAUGAGUGUGAAAUGCAUUUUAUUCUAUAUUUGAUGGUUUGAGCCAUUAAUACAAAAAUUUUAUGAUGUUAGCGGUACUGACAUUAUGGUCCACGUCCUUCAUCGGUGACAGGCAACUUACCGUAUUAACUGCAGAUCGCUGUGGUUAUCAAACAGAGGCAUGCCUACUCCGAGCAAUAGUUCUGCCAGGCUCUAGCACAUAGACACCUUGAGCAAGCAGGAACACCUCAAUUCAUUUUUGCAAUCGUGGCCACAGAAACCCCUGCGCGAGGUUAUUGCUAGCACAAGAGCUCUCCUGCUUAAGUGAAGCCUUUGUGUGAGCUCCAGACUUGCUGGGUUCAGAAGUUUAUCUUUCCUAAGCAAGUACAUAUUAUAACUAGCGUAAUCCGGCCAGAUGGGUUAUUAAGCGCUAUUAGUGGGAGAGUCUAUCGUUGACUCUUUGGUGGUGCUUAACUUUGGCUGGGUCAGGCGAAAUGUUUUGCUUAACCAUGGUGGAGAAAUUGGGAGUGCGCUUUGGGCUCAUGACCCGUUCUUCCCUUUUAGCCGUGUAUAGCGAUCCCAUCUCCCCAAUGCUUUAAGACAGAGUUUGAAACUUAAGUGAAGGAGCUAGUUUGCAAACCUUGGUUAAAGUUGACCACAGUAUUGAUCUUGGUUCAAGUGCCACACUAAACAUGAUUACUAAAAGGAACGGGGAUAGAAUUGGCAUGGGAGAGAGUUGUUGGGAGCCCCUGGGAUCUCCCAGUGCCUAAGCAAUGGGGAAACCUUUGCAUCUGAACUGGGCUCCAGUGCACUUCAUUUGCUUCUACACUUGUGUCCAGUUCACAGAGUUUGGCUUUUCCUUUUGAGCCACAGCUUUAGUCCUUGUGUUUUUACAUGACAAAAGCAGCACUUGAAACGCCUUCUGGCUAUAAUGUCAUGUAACUUCAUGAGCGAUACUAAGCUGUUUUCUUGAAAUCAUUUCGCAGAGAAAACACGAGUUUUCCCAUCCAAUAUUAGAAGUCCUUUUCUUUUAAAAAAGGAAAAGUUCAGGCUUGGCAUAUUGUGUCCUGUCUCAUUUAUCAAUAAAAUUAGAAAGAAAGAAAGAAAACACUUAUGCACAUGCUAAAUAAUUUUAGGAAAAAUACUUGAGUAUUAAAUUGUUUUAUCUUUUUAAAAACCUGUAUGAAAUUGUGAGAAAGGGGCUUCCCCUUUUCUCAGCUGUGCCCUUUUGGUAAAGCUCAGUCUUGUGUUAAUUUAAGAAAACCAUUAGAUAAAAAUUGGGAAUCCCUUCUUCAGAAGCCAGAGUUGGCAAAGUCAAAUAUAUUGCUUUACUGCUUGCAUUGUUUCUUUUCUCUCUCUCGUGUAAAUAUCAGUGGAGACUUGAAUUAUGAAAACUACAAGGUGUGUGUGCUGUUUUCAGUCUUAAGAAAAUUUGGGUACAGUUUUUUUCAGAAUGACUCAUUGAUGUAUGCUGUGUAUUUUUUGUGUUUUGGUGUUCCUUUCCCCCCCAAUGAGAUGUACUUAACUCUGUCCUUGUGGAGAAGGUUGGGGCAUAAAUGCUGUGCUGUUUUUUUUGUUUCUUUUUAAAGAAUUCCUUUUGCAAUGUUGAGGCCUUUUCAACAAAAUGGAUUUUGCCAUCAGUUUGGUACUACACAAUUUAUAAUUACUGUGUAAUUAUAAAACUGCAUUACAUAAAGCAUUGCUGUCUUAAGUAGCAGAGAAACUAAGGUUAUUUGUGUGAUUGCAUCUCUGAAUUUUAAGAAGAUUGUUCAGUUCAACAGGCACAAACUGGUCAAAUUUUCUUUUCAAUGGGAAGUGUGCUAUCAAAUCAACGCUUGGUUGGAUUGUGUCCAGUGGCAAGAGAUGUUUGGCUUAUUGUUGGCUUGCUUCUGAAUGUAAAUGCCCAGCUCUACGAGAGACUGAAAAAUGCCCAAACUUUAUGCCCAUUUGUAUGUGUUGAUUUUUUUUUUUUUAAAAAAUUAAAAGUUGUGAACCUUUUUGGGUUGAUAGUAUUCAUAAAAUCAACCCACUCUUCAACUUGGCAGUAAUCUUCCCCUUCACAAAUCACUUUCUUUUGCCAAAUAUUAGAAAAAGUGAAUGCUUAAACAAAAUUCAAACCCUUGUAUUUGAUUUUUUAUAUAUAUAUACCAAUAUGUAGAAUUAGAAAUACCUUGCUACAUGAAAAUAUUUGGGAAUCAAGGCUUUUAUUUCAGUCACGUGAUCAGAAUCUGUAAGUUAAAUUGUAACUACCUAGAAAAAUCCCUCCGACAGACCAGAGGCAAUAAAGUUCCGGCCCAGUUGUCAUGGUGAAAUUUUUUGUUUAAAAAACAACCCCAAACUUGAUGCAUUCUAAAAAAAAAUUAAAGCAAAAACAACUCAUGGCAAGGAAUGAGAAAGCAGAACCUUGCCAACAGCCUCCUGUUUGCCACAACAUUCCACAACUUUCUGGUUACGCAGUGGAGGGGUUUUUAUUCCCAGCUGUGGCACAUUGCUUUGCGAUUACUUGGGGCGGGUGGGGGAGAGAGACUAAGGUACCUCCAUGUUUAAUGUGGUUGGUGCAAAAGCUACAGCAUUUGUCUCUUGAACAACCUGUUAAAUAAAGUAACUUAUUUCUUAAAACUGUUCUCUGAUGAAAAUCGAUUUGAGUAAGUUAAAAGACGAUUCAUAUAGCUUUAAAAGCUUUUACUUUUCUCACGGGUCUUCUGUUUUCAAGAUGUGACGGGAAUUUCCAGAGGGCUCUCUUGAGCAAGAGGAGCAGGUUAACUUAGGAACAUUUUACACAUUACACAGAGGCAGAUCUCAAAUUUGCCCUCGAUUGUGCCGCGAGUGUAAACUCCACAUGGCUUCUUAAUGAAUGUACCUGCGUGCUACAUGCAUUUAUAUUAAUGAUAUUUUGGGUGUACACCUAGAAUUGACGUGGAGGUAAGGUUGCCACCCUAUGCUCAAAACUCCAUACCUCUGAAAAUUGAUGGCAGGAAGUGAGGAGGAAUUAAAGAACCUUUGAAUGAGGGUGAAAGAGGAGAGUGUGAACUAUGGUCUGAAGCUCAACAUAAAAGAAAACUAAGAUCAUGGCCACUGGUCCCAUCACCUCCUGGCACAUAGAAAGGGAAGAAAUGGAGGCAGUGAGAGAUUUUACUUUCUUGGGUUCUAUGAUCACUGCAGAUAGUGACAGCAGUCACGAAAUUAAAAGACGCCUGCUUCUUGGGAGAAAAGCAAUGACAAAUCUAGACAGCAUAUUAAAAAGCAGAGACAUCACCUUGCUGACAAAGGUCCAUAUAGUUAAAGCUAUGAUUUUCCCAGUAGUGAUGUAUGGAAGUGAGAGCUGGACCAUAAAGAAGGCUGAUCGCUGACGAAUUGAUGCUUUUGAAUUAUGGUGCUGGAGGAGAUUCUUGAGAGUCCCAUGGACUGCAAGAAGAUCAAACCUUUCCAUUCUUAACAAAAUCAGCCCUGAGUGCUCACUGGAAGGACAGACCCUGAAGCUGAGGUUCCAAUACUUUGGCUACUUCAUGAGAAUCGAAGACUCCCUGGAAAAGACCCUGGUGUUGGGAAAGAGGGAGAAGGAGAAGGGGACGACAGAGGACGAGAUGGUUGGACAGUGUUCUCGAAGCUACCAACAUGAGUCUGACCAAACUGCGGGAGGCAGUGGAAGACAGGAGUGCCUGGCGUGCUCUGGUCCAUGGGGUCACAAAGGGUCGGACACGACUAAACAACUGAACAACAAAGGAGUUGUUAAGAUUCUUUACACAUUCUUUACACUUGCUGGAAUCUAGUGAAAAAUUGAGGUCCAGAUCUCGUUUGGGGGAAAAAAAAACCCUUUAUCAGCAGUGUAAUGAUGUUACAAAAUCAGCAGCCUCAAAGUACAGUACACAAAAAGUUUCUAUUUCUUGGCUUCUCCCAAUUUGCAAGUGCUGUAUUGAUGCUUAGGCACUUGUGAGCCAACUCUCCAUUUACUAGAUAUUUAGAACACUGGGUGACCCCCCAGCCUAAUUUCAUGUGGGUGGCAAGGAAGGGGGAAAUGGAGACUGCAUUGCAGUCUCUACGAUUCUAUGCUAUUGUGCACCCUAAAGAAAGCUUGCACAUAUUGCAGCCCUGCUUUAAAUGUGACUAAACAAGAAUCUAAACCAGUGCGUUAAAAUCUGCAGAGUAAGGAUGGGGAACCUGUGGCCCUCCAGAUGUUAGAAUCAAAGUUUGAAGGGCCCUUGGAUUCAAGUGGGAGACUACUGAAGCCUCAUCCCUACUUUGGAAGCGCAAUGAAAGACACAAAACACUGGAAAAAGCUGCCACCUAACUAUUUGAAUUCCCUGGUUUUUUUAAAAAAUUGGCAGGUGGAUAGCAGAGUUGCAAACCUUUUUCUUUUCUCUACUUGUGCACAGACGAUUUGCAGAAUGCACUGAAACACGCAAUUCCUCACCCUCAAAUCCUUAAGCACCCAUUCUUAAGCAGUGAAGAAAAGACAAGUGGCAUAAAAGUCAAAAGAUUUAUUCAAUAAAUAUAAUUUCCAUAAACUUUUGUAGAACAACCUAUUGACAUAGCAGUACGAUCAGCACGCUAUAUUAAACUCUGUUUCCACAGAGGAUCUAAAAACGAUGGUAGAGGUGGCCACAGUACCCGUGGUCAAGAUUACUUGGUACCUAUUAUUGCUCUAGUUUCCAACAGGCUGCUUUAAUGUCCAGCUUGCACAGCUUCAAACAGCUAAGAUGGGGCUGCAUUCGGUGCUCCUUCCAAUGGCACCAUGCAGGGGCCUUUUCAAACCUUGAGAGCAGUGCACCCCACCAUGCUUGUCCACAACUGAGUAUCAAGAGGGCUUGCUCUUUCUUCAUGAAGGAGGACCAAUUUGCAGGACCUUGAACCAAGCAUGUUUGAUGAAGCGCAGUCUUUGGCAUAGUAAGAAUAAUGUCUCACACCUGAAAGCACCCUCGUUUUAAAAAUAAAGUAUUUCCCAGCUUCUUUAAAAAAACAAGUCAGUAAAUAUUUAAUUCUGCAGCUAAGUAACAAAAUAGGCUUUCUCUGAAAUGGUAAUUCUUGUUGAAAACGGUGAGUACACACACACAACAAGCACAAUCUGUUGCACGGGAUCUCAUUGAAACCUAAAUUCUGCCCCAAGCUGGAGAUUAUGAGCUGUGCUUUACCCACCCACCCUACUGAGGCCGAAUUACAGCACAAUCCUAUCCAAGUUCACUCUGCUACAAAAGUCCACCAUGCACAGUGGAGAUCAGAGACAGCAGGUUUGAGCAUGAUCAACCAUCCCUUUGCAGCGAUUUUUCUCCAACUUGGUGCCCUCCGGCCACUGCAUGUAGUACUUCAACAAGAGGACGCCAAGUGAUGGAAAGCACACCCUGCAUACUUCCUAAUACGUCUCUGGGCCCUUCUCAGUCAAGGACUUAUCAUUCUACUGUCCAGCUGUUACGGAGGUUCAACACAUUUACA